CGCGCCCCGGAAUGAAUCAGAAGAGGCGGCUGCGAGAGAAGGUGCUCAGGCUGACCCUCACACUUCUGCUCUCGCCACGCUGGUCUCCAGCCUCGCAACCUGCUUCUGUCGCCCGGAGUCGGCGUCCCCCGAAGGCCGGAUGACGGGCGCGGGCGCCCGGAUGGUGCAGGCGGUGGACACCGAGCUCACCGCCGACUCGGUGGAGUGGUGCCCGCUGGACGGCCGCAGGCACCUGCUGGCGUGCGGCACCUACCAGCUGCGGAAGCCGGACGGCGGGCUCGGCGCCCAGAGCCAGAGUGGACUGGACCCUGAUGAACCUCAAAUCCGUUUAGGUCGGCUCUACCUGUACAGUUUAAAUGACAACUCCACUCAGCCUCUGGUUGAGGUCCAAAGAAAAGAUACUUCUGCUAUCCUGGACAUGAAAUGGUGCCACGUUCCGGUGGCUGGCCAAGUCCUGUUGGGCAUGGCAAAUGCCAGUGGAUCCAUAGAGCUGUUCCACCUGGUGGGAUCUGAGGAGAGCAGGUUCAAACUACAGCCAUUAUCCAGCCUGGCCCUGGAGGAGAAUUGUCUGGCUUUGUCCCUGGAUUGGUCCACUGGGAAAACUGGAAGGGCCAGCAGCCGUCCCUGGAAAAUCAUCAGCAGUGACUCCAGGGGGCAGCUUCACCUGCUGGCCGUGAGCGAGGAGGAGCCCAGACUGCAGAAGGUGGUCUCGUGGCAGGCGCAUCACUUUGAGGCCUGGAUUGCCGCUUUUAACUACUGGCAGACAGAGAUCGUGUAUUCAGGGGGGGAUGAUGGCCUUCUGAAGGGCUGGGACACCAGGGCACCUGGCGAGCCUCUGUUCACCAGCGAGAGACACUCCAUGGGCGUGUGCAGCAUCCAGAGCAGCCCCCACCGGGAGCACGUCCUGGCCACUGGGAGCUACGACGAGCACGUUCUGCUGUGGGACACUCGGAACAUGACGCAGCCGUGUGCAGACACACCGGUCCAGGGCGGGGUGUGGAGGCUCAGGUGGCACCCUUUGCAUCAGCACCUGCUCCUCGCAGCCUGCAUGCACGGUGGCUUUAAGAUCCUCGACUGCCAAAAGGCGAUGGAGGAGGGGCAGGAAGCGACAGUCUUGGUGUCCCAGGCAUUGCCCAACUCACUGGUGUAUGGAGCCGACUGGUCCUGGCUCCCUGUCCAUUCUCCACAGCCCAUACGCUCGUGGUCCUGUCUUCAGAGCGACCCAGGAUCCAGACCAGCAGACGUGAAGGUUGCAGGUGGGUUGCCAGCACACUCUUUUGAACGCAUAGUAAAUGACGACGGGGAGGGCCCUGCCAAACUCCAGAGUGGCGUCGAGCCACUCCCAGAGAACAGGAGUAAGACUGGCAUCGAACUGGCCGCUAAAGCUGCCAAGCCCUGUGACCGAGACACACACGUGGAAGGGGUGAGCUCGGACGUCAGCCUCUUGGCUACUUGCUCCUUUUAUGACCAUGCUCUCCACCUCUGGAAGUGGGGGAUGACCUGGGCUGAAGAUCAUGAAGACCAUUCCCAGAAGUCACCCAAGAGUGUGGCUUCGUGAGGGAACUGCCUGUGGCUCACUUGAGAUUGUUCCUGCAACCCUGGGGGCGAGUGGACAGUCACAACAGCUGUUGGCUCCCCUGCCAGGCCAUGGAAACAGACUGGGUGGUGCUGUCUGGCUGUGAGUGGGGAAAAGACUUGGUUUCAGAGAACAAACUUGUCUGUUUCUCAGGUAGAUUUUAACUUUCAGCCCUUCAUACAUGUUUAAGCAACUAUGUAUAUUAAUUAAAUUAAGUUUAAGAAGAAAAAAAGUUACUUUAUAACAUCAAAAGUAAUUUCAAAUGAACACUUAGAUCACCUCAUCGUAGCACCAGAAGUGCUUGUACAGGUUUGGCAUCCCUAAUCCACAAAUCUGAAAUCUUAAAUGCUCCAAAAUCUGAAAAUUUUAAAUGUAGACAUGUCUCCCCAAGUGGAAAAUUCCAUACCUGACUUCAUGUGACAGGUUGCAUGUAUUAUUAAAAAUAUUGUAUAAAAUUACCUUUAGGCUAUGUGUAUAAGGUGUAUAUGAAACAAUUGAAUUUCAUGUUUAAUCUCAGAUCCAUCCCAUUCCCAAGAUAACUCAUUGUGUAUAUAUACAAAUAUUCCAAAAUCCAGAAGAAUCUGAAAUCUGUAACCCUUCUGGUCCCAAGCAUUUCUGAUGAGGGAUGCGCCACCUGUAUUAGACCCCUAUGCAGAUAAACAAAAGGAAGAAGCGUAAAUCUGUCCUGAGUUGCCUUAGGGGGUCAUAAACUGGAAAUAUGUGAAGUCAGUGUGAGGCACUUAAUGAUUCCAUGAUUGUGGCAUUAAAAAAACUAUACGCUUCUA